AUGACCGUCACUGUUUUAGCCACUUCCACGUCCACGACUCAGACGAAGCGUCGCGAACCUCUGAGGGUACUUGAUAUGGCAACGUCCCAGGCGCGGGCGCGUCAUCCGCCGUCCGCCGCGCCUGGAGGAACUCAUACGGGAAGAGGGAGGAGGUCGAAAGCAAGUGUAGAGAGGCAAGGUGGGAAUGAGGAGAAUGUGAAUGGGGCAGAGAAGAAGCGGAAAGCUGACUUUUACAAUGAAGAUGUGGAAGGGUUUCAGUUCUCACGUAUUACGACAAAGAAAGCAAAAGGAUCGAAAGAUGUUAUUCCUGAGUCGCCGAUACCAGCGCCAGAGAAUCAAGCUCGUCAGCAAUCCCCAAGGAGAGGCCGCCCGCCGAAGAAACGGUCGGAGGAGCAGAAAUCGGAGAGCGUAACGGUGUGUAAGCAGACGGCAGCUGAGGGUACAGGGAAAAGGCAGAAGCGGGGAAGCACGAAAUCAACUGCACCUGAAGCUGAAGCUGAAGCUGAACCAGAACCAGAACCACAGCCGGAAAGGAGCACGCGCUCAACGCGAAAACGAGAAUCUGGCGAACAUGUGCCGACAGAGAGGAAGAGGAAGAAAGGCAGGCCGAGCAAGUCGCAUGAAGAGAAAACCAACGGCUUUGUAUCUCCGGAGCCGCAACACACUGGGACAUCUACAAUUGCCCUGCCCCUAGCGGACACCCCGGUUAUACAGCGUAACAAGGAGAUGCGAGGAGCGAAGUCAGCGAAGGGGAAUAGGCGCAGCAGUCUAGGCAUGCGAGGACGGAGAGCCAGUUCGCUCAUUGAUUCCGGGGCUUCAAAUGCAUUGCCGCAUAAGAAAGUAGAUACAGCAGAUUUCUAUAAGCACAUUGCGAAUGAUGGUCUACCAGAGCCACGAAGAAUGAGGCAGCUUCUGAUUUGGUGCGCGACACGAGCAAUGGGGGAUAAGCCCUCAGGCUCGCGCUCAGAGGAUGAGAGCGCCCGUCUCGCAGCACGUGUGAUCCAGGAAGAACUGCUUAAGGAAUUUUCCAGCAACUCUGAGCUUUCCAACUGGUUUGGGAGAGAAGAUACAAGCCCUCCGACUCUCGUUGUGAAGAAGGAAAACCCGAAGAACAUACAAAAUCAAGAAAAGAUCAAGGAACUGGAGGAGCAAAUCCACAAGCUACAAAAGGAGAGACAAGCACUUAACGCACUUCUGCGACCUCCUUCAAUACCCAGGGUCAACCCAGCACGCAAGCAGAAAGAGCAGAUGCCCAAGGGGCAAUCCAAGCCCGACUCCGAACCGACGCCGGGCUUGCUUGAUGAGCCCAUUGAUCUAUCCGCAUUAAAUCCCUCACAGCAAAAGAUCCUUGCGUCCAUAGACCCAGAGACAGCCAAACGAUAUCGAAAGGACACACAAUCCCAAGAACCCGAGCAAUCCGCUGAAUCCAACCACCUCCCUCCAAUCACACCCUCAGUCGUAUCCACGCGUCUGUCCCGCAUCACAAACCGGCUAGCACCAAUGCUUGACUCACUCGCUGCCGGAGUCCACGACAUCGAAUUAUACCGAUCGCUGUCCGAUACGGUCUCAGCGCAGAUCUUACAGAUCUGCGCCAAGCGACUGGAAGAACGAGAUACACGAAAGGCCCUCCGACGACUCGCGAUCGCCGGAGACCAAGAAGGCCAGAAAGAGACCGUUGCUCUGCGGCCACGACCUAAGGAGGAUCUCGGCUUGAUUCUUGGUGCAUUAAGCCGAGUCGAGAGGCGGUGA